CGGGACGGUGAAUGUACCGGACUGUGGACGGGAAUUAUACAGUGUUUUGAGAAAAGUAAACAUCAAGAGAUUUUGUCAUUCUUUCGCAAUUAUCUUUACUUUUGCACCUCAAAAGAUAAUUUGUUACUGCUCAUAUUGUUUGCAAUUCACUGUUACCUGAUGACCUGGAAUUGGGUUAAGUCAGAGCCUGCUGGUACAUGUUUAUAUAGUUCUGUAGGACAAGAUUGAAAUAAAGAGGAAAGUAGGAAUGGGUGGAGAGGCGUUACAGUACCAUGUAACAAUGUUGAUCUCAUCAGAUCAAGAGAAUGCCAUCAGGUUGCUGUUUGAAACAAAAAAUUGGCCAUGCUUCAUGAACAUUUUGUCAGAUGAAACAGUUAGAGGCAUUACUGAAAGUGGAUUCAGAAACAUUUUCCCUGCUGAGACACAGUCUGGUUGUGAUAUUAAGUCAGAUACUGUAGAGACAACAAAGGUUAAGGUUGACUAUAAGAAGGUUGCAGGAAUGAAGAGUUCUGAUGUUGAUUAUAGAUCUGAAGAGGAAGGUGAACAUAGUGACUGUGAUGAUGAUGAUAAUGAAAAUGGCGAUGACAUAGAUGAUUAUGAAAGUGAUACAGGCAUGAAUAUUGAAGAAAAAAUUGUAGAAAACAAAACCUUGAAAAGAAAGACUGAUCAAACCAGAAAUAGAAGGGGGAGCUCUAAAAUGAAUAAACUAGUUUCUGAAAAGAAAGAAAGAAUUUUUAAGAACACUAAAAGGAGAGUGAAAUGUCCACUUUGUGAUCUAGAGUUGGCAACGAAGUCCAUUCUAAAAAGACAUUGCCUAAGACGUCACCCUGAUGAGUGGUUUGAGUUUAAAUGUGCAGACUGCCCUAGUAUGUUUAAAACACAGGAAGAGCUGUGGAGACAUAGAGAUGAGGUGAGACAUGAACCUCCUAAGGAAGUGCCAAAACAGUUUGAGAAAGACAAGCAUACACCAGAAGAGCUGAGAGAGAUGGGACAUAUACAGUGUAAUGCUUGUGGGAAGUUCUUCCAUAAUGACAGAAUGUUGAGGAAGCAUCUGUACUAUGCUCAUAGAGACAUGAUGCCUACACCCAUAUGUGCAGUUUGUGAUACACAGUUUGAAACACGCAAAGAACUUUGGAAACACAAGAAAGAGACCAACCACACUGACUGUGUAUCACUCCUUAAACAUUACCAAUGUGACAUGUGUGGAAAAGUAUUAAAGGGAGGCUACUAUUCAUUCAUUCACCAUCAGAAACUGGCUUGUGGAAAGAAAGAGAAAGAAUUGGAAGAACUGAAAGUGCUACCCUGUGACAUAUGUGGAGCAACAUUUAAAACCAAACAUCAGAUCAAAUGCCAUAAGAAUGCUGUUCAUUUAAAAGCACCUGUAGUCUGUGAUACUUGUGGUAAUGUCUACAAGAACCAGAUGGCGCUACGUGUUCAUAAGAAGCGACAUGAUGAGAAAAACAGGAAAUAUAAUUGUGAAGAGUGUCACCGAUCUUUCUUCAACAGCACGCUUUUAAAACAGCAUUUUAGAACACACACUAAGGAAAAGCCAUUUAAAUGUCCAAUGUGUAACUAUACAAGUGCAUGUAAGGAAAAUAUUGGGAAACACUCAUUGUCCGUGCAUAAAGUGAAACAGACUGCGAUUGAUUUAAGAAAAAAAGAAACUUCUUUUUCCACUCCUUGUACAAAUGACACUGAGCAGAACAAUGAGAAUCUGUCUGAGAAAACUCCAGCAUAUGAGGAACCUAUGAUGCAUCCACAUAUACAGGAGAGAAAAGAUGAAGGUGACCCAUCAGUAAUGCUUGCCGCAACUGUACCACCAACAAGAAGUUAUGUAGAGUUGAUGAACUGUGAUAUAAACACACAUACUUAUACAAAUCUUGACCCUAGACAGUACCAAUACCCAUGAGAAAAUCCUGCCAGAAGAUAGCAUUAAAAUCAUAAAA